GUAACCUCAGUGUAACCUUUGACCUGUGCCAACCAUGACUGGUCCAACCGCUGAAACCCAGAAGGGGCGCUACGCCAAGCCGCUGCCGACCUCCAACCUGUCAUAUUCAGAUGACGUUCCAGAAUUUGAACCUUUUGAAGGCGUUGCUGAAUCUGAGGUCACUCCCAGAGCGUUUGCACCUGGUGGAGUGUUGCUGGAGGCGCUGAAAAUCAACAUGUGUCAGGACGUCAACAAGCCAAAGCACUACACCACCGACUACUACAUGCAGAACCUGGUGGUGCGCCGUGGUCAGGAGUUCGUCAUGCAGGUGACCUUUAACCGCCCGCUGGCUCCGGAGGACGACUUCCACAUCGAGUUUGCGAUUGGCUCCGACCCCUCACCCAAUAAGGGCUCCCUGAUAAUGGUGACCUUUGGUAACCGUGGCAGCGGUUCAUGGUCAGGCCGGAUUCUGCAAUCUCAGGGUACAGCCGUGAUGUUCGGCAUCACGCCGAAUGCUGCCGCCAUUGUGGGGAAGUUUCAAGUGUACGUGGCCAUCUCCACUGGCAUGGGCAUGCAACGCACCAAGAGGGACCCCACCACCGACCUGUACCUGCUGUUCAACGCCUGGUGUCCAGACGAUCACGUGUUUCUUCCUAAUGAAGCAGAAAGACAGGAGUACGUCCUGAAUGAUGAAGGGGUGAUCUACCAGGGUUCAUCUACCUCUGUGACAGAGCGUCCAUGGACAUAUGGACAGUUUGAGCGUGGCAUUUUGGAUGCCUGCAUCUUCAUCCUGGAUACAUCUCAGACGCCAAUCUACGACAGGGGCAACGUUGUCAAGCUGGUCAGGGUGGGAUCUGCCAUGAUGAACUCCCAGGAUGAUAACGGUGUGAUGGUUGGGAACUGGAGCAAUGACUAUUCCUUGGGCAAACCCCCGACAUCUUGGACAGGCAGCACGAAAAUCCUGCUGCAGUACGCCAACACCGGAGUCCCGGUCUGUUUCGCUCAGUGCUGGGUCUACGCUGGAGUCUUUAACACCUUCCUCAGAUGCCUUGGCAUCCCAGCAAGGGUCAUCACCAACUACAAUUCAGCUCAUGACAACACAGGCAACCUGAAGACUGACCUCCUCUUCAAUGCUGAUGGCACGCCAGACAGACGCAACACCAGGGACUCCAUCUGGAACUACCACUGCUGGAAUGAGGUGAUGACUAAGCGUCCUGAUUUGCCGCCCGGGCUGGAAGGAUGGCAGGUGGUUGACUCCACGCCUCAGGAGACCAGUGACGGAUAUUUCCGCUGUGGUCCAGCGCCGGUCAUUGCCAUUAAGGAAGGUCACCUGUGUUACCCGUUUGACUGCGGCUUUGUGUUCGCUGAGGUGAACAGUGACGUGGUCUUCCUCAAGAGAGAUAAGUACGGUGAUCUGACUCCCUUCAGAGUGGACAAGACUUACAUUGGAGAGAAAAUUUUAACCAAAGCUGUGGGCUCACAAGAACAAAACAACAUCACAAACACCUACAAGUUCCCUGAAGGAAGUGCAGAAGAUGAGGCGACCAUGGCCCGGGCAGAGGCGUACGGCUGUGAGAGGGAUCACAGUGAGAUGCCAGAGGAUGACCUGUCUGUCACCGUCAUCGUGGAGCCGUGUGUUAUAGGUCAGGAUGUGCAGCUGGUAGUGACCUUCAAGAACCAGGGUAAAGUCCUCAGAAACGUGACGGCUCACCUGGACUGUGACAUCGUCUUCUACACUGGAGUCGUGGCCAGUCACUUCAAAGACAUUACCUUCGAUGUGACUGUGCUGCCCUACCAGAGUUAUAGUGUGCCGUUUAAGAUCCCAGCUUAUGAAUACCAGACCCAGCUGAGCUCUCAGACCUGCCUGCGCUUCAUUGUGAGCGGACAGUCUGGUAACCUGCAUGUGCUUGACCUAAAGGUGCUGGAGCUGCAGACCCCGGACCUCAAAGUGACGUUGAACGGGGAGCCUCUGCUGAACCAGGAGAUGGGUGUCAAAGUUGAGUUCACCAACCAUUUCAGGUUUCCUCUGCGUGGUGUCAGUUUAUCCCUUGAGGGAGCUGGGCUCAUAGGUCCAAAGUCUAAAUACUACAGAGAGAUUCCUCCUCAGGCUACCAUCACCUGGCAGGAGACGUUCAUCCCUCGGCUGCCUGGACUGCGUCGGAUCACGGCGUUGAUGGACUGCCAGGAAGUCCGUCAGGUGUCUGGAUUUGUUGAGCUCAACAUCCCUUACCCUGCAAAGUAAUCACCAUUUCCACCAAUCAGCACCACUCCUGGAUGAGUGGGCGGAGCCAAGAAAGAGCUCAAGUUACCGCUUUAAUGAUCAUAUUAACAAAUCAGUUUUGAAGUACAAAUGUAACUUUUUUUAUUCCACAGAUUUGGAGGUUUAUACAACUUUUUAAGAUCAGAGUUUUUCCACUUCUCUACUCUAAUAUUUGAAGCAGCUUUAUUUCUUAACAUCUGUAACUCCACCUUCUCUGCAUGGCUAGAAUAAACUACACUUUAUGAAAAUAACAUAACAAAUAAGAAUCGUGGUUUUCAGUCGUGCUUUAUUUGGUAUAUUUGAGAACAGAUUUUACAAAUCAAUAAAAUGUUAAGCCAUAUUUUAGAUUCAGAAAAUAUCCAUUAAAACAGAUUUAUAACA